CUUUUCUACACCUACUGUGAACUGAGGCAACCAAGAUGAUGAUGCCGCGCCCUGUGCUGCUUCUUGCAUCGGCUGUCCUGCUGCUGCUGCUCGCUCAGCAGCACGCAGCAUGCGCGGAACGCGUCGUGCCCGCAUACCUCAACGCCGUCGACGUGGAGUUUGAGUUUCGCCAGGAGAGCUGGAAUGAUGCCUUGACUGUGAGUGGGUCCAUGCCCGAGGGCGUGAACGGCACAGUGCACCUGGGCCAGCUUCCCGUGCCCGAGAAUGGCGACUGCAGCGCCCUUGGUCAACGAACCCCACUCUUGCAAAUUGAGGGCGGACAGGCCACCCUCCUAGCCAAUGACACGACCCUCUAUGGCGCAUACUCCAUCAUGGGCAGCUCCAUUGUGUUUGUGGACGCCAAUAACCUGACCAUUGCCUGUGGUGACGUCGGCUUCCACGCGCCCACCAUCGUGCAAGUGGCGGACUUUGGCCGCUUCUGCCAGCCAGGCUCUGACUACUGUGUCCUCGGCACCAUCACCCUCAUCCAGCCAAUGGUUGCCGAUGAUGUGAUUGCUACCAUGAACGACACGAGCGAGACCAUUGUGCUCACAGACCUGUAUUACCGCGCAACCGGCGCCGAGACCAGCAUGGCCCACUUGUGGCAUAUCCACGAGAAGCCCGUGAACGAAACCACCUUUGCCUGUUCCUCUACUGAAGGCCACUGGGAUCCCUUUGACGUGUGCGUCUGGCUCGACAACUCCACCUGCGCCUGGCCAUAUCCCAUGCUCUGCUCGCCCUCCACUCCUCUCGACUGCGAAGUUGGCGACUUUGCCGGCAAGCACGGCGCCAUCGACUUGCCACUUGAAACGCAUCGCCACCGCCAGCGCUUUGUUGAUGUGCAGCUGCCACUCUUUGGCCCCCUCUCCGUUGCAAACAGGUCCAUUGUGGUUCACGCAGCGGACGAGUCGCCCGCCCGCUUCGCCUGCGCUUCUCUCACAGACCGCCCUGUGCCCCGCGUGCGUUCGCGGACGGUGACAGCGAGCCUGUGGGAGAACAACGCAGCAGCCCACCACACGGGCCACACGGGCCACACUGGCCACACUGGCCAUAGCGGUCACGCACACGUCGUGUUUGCGCAGGUUGGUGACGAGUUGACCAUUGAGGGCGACGUGAGUGCGUGGAUUGACGGCAGCGGCGGCAGUGCGGAGAUUGAGGUUGAGGUGCAUGAGCUGCCGGUUCGCACCGACAACGGCACGGACUGCACCGACGUAGGCGCCAUCUUCGGCCAAGACGCCGGAUCAAUUGGCAGCAUCGCUGCUGGCGACGAUGGCACCAUCACCGCCACCACCGACGCCCUCACGCUCUUUGGCAAGGACACCAUCAUGGGGAGGUCUGUUGUACUUCGCAUCACGCAGGGCGGGGAGACGGCGGUUGUGUGCGGCAACAUUGGCUUCCACGGCGCGACCACGGUGCAGGUCGCCCACUUUGGCGACGACUGCGAAACAGAGGCCGACGGCGCGUGCGUGCGCGGUUACAUCCGUGUUGAGCAGCCCGUGGUUGGCGGAGAGGUUGUUGCUGGCAUGGGCGAGACGUCCGAGACCAUCUUCAUUGUUGACGUCUACCGCGAUGGCCCCACCGCAAACGCCUCAACGGCGCACAACUGGCACGUGCACGAGGAGCGUGUGGACUCCCCCGGCGAUUGCGCCAGCACAGCAGGCCAUUUUGACCCGUUUGCCGUGUGCUCCUGGGCCGGCACCCACUGCCGCGACCCAUACCCGUUCCUCUGCACACCCGACACGCCACUCGCGUGCGAAGUUGGCGACCAGUCCAGCAAGCUUUCUCCAAUCGACAUUCCGCUUGCUGCGGACCGGGAGCGGCGCGUGUUUGUUGAUGUGCAGGCGCCCGUCUUUGGGCCAUACUCCAUCGCAGACAGGUCCAUUGUGAUCCAUGAGGAAAACCAGCAGGCGCCCCGCAUCGCAUGCGCCUCCCUCUUUGACAUGCAACCGCCACCGAUUCGCCAACGCAACGUCACAGCGGCGCUGACAGACCAGGACGGGCACGCUGUGGAGGUCCAUUUCAGACAGGUUGGACAGACCGUCAGCGUGUGGGCUGACCUCAGCACGAUCGAGGAGUCACACCAUGCCCAGCUUGUGGUUCACGAACUUCCCCCGCAUGAGGAGGAUGGCGAGACGCCCGAUUGCACAAUCCUCGGCGGUGUCCUGCACAACGGUGUUGGCGACAUCAGCGCACAUGUGUCUGUGCAGAAUGACACGCUCUCCGGCAGCACCAACACCAUCUCCCUCUUUGGACAGCAGACAAUCAUGGGCCGCGGGGUUGUGCUGAGAGCUGGCGAGCACGUGUUCUGCGGCACCGUCGGCUUCCACGCUCCAACUAUUGUCCAAAUUGCACAGUUUGACCACUUCUGCAACGACAAGAACAACUGCAUUCGCGGCUACAUUCGCCUCGAGCAAGCAAUGGUGUAUGACGAGCUCAUCAACUCGACGGACGCGACGUCGGAGACGGCCAUCAUCGUGGACGUGUACGGCAGCGGCGCCGGCGCUGUCCUCAGCCGGUCCCACCUGUGGCACAUCCACGAGACGCCUGUUGAUGAGGAGACGUUUGACUGCAGCAGUGCCGGUGGACACUUUGAUCCCUUUGACAAAUGCGUUUGGAUUCCAGAAAAGUCUGUCUGCGAGGACCCAUACCCACAACGGUGCCACGAAACUGCCCCCUUCCAGUGCGAAGUAGGCGACUUUGCCGGCAAGCACGGCGCCAUCGACGUUCCUCGCCGCGAGCACCGCCAGCGCAUCAUGUUCGUGGAUGUGCAGAUGCCGCUCUUCGGCCCCGCAUCCGUCGCAAACAGGUCGAUUGUGAUCCACGGCGAGGAGUAUGCACCGUCGCGCCAGGCGUGCGCAUCGCUCGUUGACGCUGCGGCGCUUGGCCCCGUCACCACCACGGCAUCCACAACGACCACCACCACCUCCGCACCCGGUACAAGCACCAGCACAAGCACAAGCACCAGCACAAGCACAAGCAGCUCCAGCACAACCGCAGCAGGUGGAGAUACAACUACACCCGCCGCCAACACGACAACGACGACGACAACGACAACGACGACAGCACACAGUGGCCACACGUCCACCACCUCCACGGGCCACAGCGGGCACACGACAACAACCGGCCACAGCGGGCACACGACAACAACAACAGCGGCUGGGCAGGCGACAACAACGGCGGCAAGCGGGCCCGACAGCUCGCGUGGCAGUCUCACUGGAACACAGAAGGCGGGCCUCGCUGUUGGCAUCAUCGUUGGAAUGAUUGUGCUUGCUUGGGGCAGCGUUUACAUCUAUCGCAAGCAAGUGCGCCCAUACCAAGGCGCGUCUCGACUGGACAACAACGCCUUUGAUGACGAGGAAAUGCAGUUUGCUCUCCACUCCGAAGCCUAA